CAUAUAAUUCCCGUCGCCGUCGGUUGUGAGUGUGUGGUUGCGCUUUCUUUCGUUUUUUGGGCUGCGCAAACUUAUUUUCGCAUUGUAAUUAUUUUGCAUAAAUAUCGCAAUUCGAUUUCCAUUAAAAAAACACUAACAAAAGCUUAGGGCGCAGCGAUUUAUUACGAUCGAAGCAUCAAGAAGUUGGAAGCAGCUACAUAACUGUGAAGUGCAAAGUGCGGGUCUCUCUGUCUUCGUCGUCGCUGUCUCUCUGUUUGUAUGUGCGCGCGCGUGAGUUUGUCGAGUGUAUGAGUGUGUGUGUGUGUGAAUGUUCAAAUAAACGUUGAAAGCAGAACGUGCAACAAGAACUAGCAGCAACAAGAAGCAACAGAGCCGCAGAGCACCAGCUGACGAGAGUUGAAAAUUCCAAUAAAAUCGCUAGUGCGAUUAUCGAAAUUGUAUUUAACGAAUAUAUAGGAACAGAAGUGAAAGAUCAAAGAACUGGCAAUGCAUCCCCGCUAUAGCCCUGGACCGCCGCACCAGCAGCAGCAACAGCAAAUGGGAGGAGGAGGAGGAGGAUCCCACCCACAGCAGGGUGGAGGAGGCGGAGGCGGUGGGGGUCAUAUGAGAGGUGGAGGCCCCUUGAAUUCCCAGCAAUUGCCGCCACAGAUGCCACGAUCACAGAAUUAUUCGAAUGGGAGCUCGUCCAGUGCCGCUGCCGCUGCCGCCGCCGCUGCCGCAUCGUCAACACAGCAGCGCAGCGCAUUCCCAGGCGCACCGCUAACCGCCUCAGCCGUUGCACUUAAAGGCUCCUUGCCACAGCGUCCACCGGCCAUGACGAGCCCAGCCGCUGCUGCUGCCGGCGCUGCUUUGGCCGCCGGCGCCCCCUAUCGCGGCGCCACCAGCUGGACCCCGCAGGGCUAUGCCCCGGCCGCUGCCGCCGCCGCCGCUGCCGUGGCCCAGCAGGCCGCCUACCGCUACACGGCGCCGCUCCCCCAGCCGGCCUAUGCCGCCUAUACGCCGCACACGGCCACCACACCGGCCACAACCACGGUAAGUCAUCUUUACAACCCCAUGGAAUUGCACUUUUGGUACGGCCAGCGUGUGCCAACGGCAGCUUCACCGAGCAACACCAAUUCGAGCAGCUCCUCGAACACCGGCUCCCAGAGCGGCACACUGAGCACCAGCCUGAGCAACACGACGAACACCAACACGAACAUGGGUCCCAACGGCACCGUUCAGAAUCAGAACCAACAGGGCGGCGAGCAGUUGUCGAAGACAAAUCUCUAUAUACGCGGACUGCAGCAAGGCACAACCGACAAGGAUCUAGUUAAUAUGUGUGCACAAUACGGAACCAUUAUAUCAACCAAGGCGAUUUUAGAUAAAACAACAAACAAAUGUAAAGGUUACGGCUUCGUCGACUUCGAGCAGCCAGCCUUCGCCGAGUGCGCCGUCAAGGGACUGCAGGGGAAGGGCGUGCAAGCUCAGAUGGCCAAAGUGGGUAUCUGGGUGCUUCAUAGGCCGGCCAUUCAACAGGAACAGGAUCCCACAAAUUUGUAUAUUGCAAAUUUGCCGCCCCACUUCAAAGAAACUGAUCUGGAGGCAAUGCUAUCGAAAUACGGACAAGUUGUUUCGACCAGAAUAUUGCGUGAUCAGCAGAUGAACUCAAAGGGCGUUGGCUUUGCCCGCAUGGAGAGCCGCGAAAAGUGCGAGCAAAUCAUUCAGAUGUUCAAUGGUAACACAAUACCGGGUGCCAAAGAUCCACUAUUGGUGAAGUUCGCCGAUGGCGGACCCAAAAAGAAGAAUCUCUUCAAGACCCCCGACCCGAAUGCCCGUGCGUGGCGCGAUGUCUCCGCCGAGGGCAUACCCGUCACCUAUGACCCGAGCAUGCAGCAGAACGGAGUCAGCGUCAAUGUGGGCACUCCCAUCGGUGUGCCGUAUUCGCGUUUCGGUGCCCCCCAGGUGGGUGGCUAUCCAGUGGCUGGGUCCCAGUGGAUACCCGGCUACAUGAUGACCCAACCGCUCGCUCAGGUAGACGAUCAGUACAUGCAAAUGGCUGCUGCUCCGCAGUUGGGCGUCACCUCAUACAAGCCGGAGGCCGUCAAUCAGGUGCAACCACGCGGCAUUUCGAUGAUGGUCAGUGGCGACACGGCCGUGCCAUAUGGAACUAUGAUGCCACAGUUGGCCACCCUGCAGAUUGGCAACUCUAACUUUUCUCCAUCGUUACAGUAUAUUAGUCCAACUUAUCCAUAUUAUGCACCACAACCAACUAUUAUACCAACAAUGCCAAUGACAGAUUCCGAACAGGCUAGCACAGCUGCAUCACCCGACGAGGCAUACACACAGUAUCCACAUCAAGCCGCUCCCAAAUAGGUCUUCGCGAGCUAUAAUCUGAUAGUACCCCAUUUGAGUACUAUAUAAAUUGGACGAGUGAGAGAGCAUGCCCCAGAGCAAGAGGAGGAGGAACAUCAAACACUACAACUACAACAACAACAACAGCUGGAGCAUCAGAAGCAGGAGCAGAAGCAGAAGAAGCAGUAGCACAUCGGAUAUAGAAGAUAACCACCACCACCACCACCACCACUUGAACAACCAACAGAUCGAACAUUCAGAAUCAGAUAAAUCAGACAAGAAGACAAGAAAACCAUGAAGUUCACAUAAAAUAAAUGUUUAAAAAUACAGAUACAGAUAAAGAUAAAGAAAACAGAAGAAAUCCCGAAACCGAAAGCUAAGAAUCAGAAUAAUGUUUAAAUAAGUGAGAAAUGGAGGAGAUGAAGUUUAGGAGGUACAUGAUUUGAGAUGCAUGUAGGCAAGCGGAGAAGAAGGAGCAAAGAGCAUAGAGAGAGAAUAGAGAGCAAAGCAGAGCAGAGCAGAGCAAAGCAAAGCAAAGCUUCCAAGCAGAAAAAAAGAGAAUAAGAAAAAGAAAGAAGCGAGUAAAAAGGGAAGAAAGCAAAGACUAAACUUAAAUAAUAGAAAAUAGUUAUACACUAAAUGAAAACAGCAAGGAUCCGCACAGAGAAAACGGAAGCAGAAAGAGAAACAGCAAAGAUGCUUAACAACAGAAGGGAAAAUCAGAAAAUCAACAACAAGAACAACAAACGAUAGGCAGUCGAAAAUAUUUACAAAAAGAGAACUGCUAAAAAACAGGAAGAUAAAAUAAAUAAAGAAAGAAAGGGGGAAAUUGAAGGAAAGUAAAGAAAUGAAAAAAAGAGAGUAGAGGAAAGGAAACGAAAAGAAAGUCAAACGGGGGGAAAAGUUAAGUAAUGGAUAACUUGAGGAACAUCUGCAAGGAAAUCCAAUAGCAGUCGGAGCUCUAGUUAAGAUCUAGUUUCGUUAAGUGAGGGAAAAAGAUAAGGAAAAGCAAAAGGAAAACUGCAUGGCGAACGAUCCCCCACUAGAGGAUCGACGUGAAAGAGAAAGAGGAUGUAAAAAUAGAAAAAGAAAGAAUACAAAAAUAUAUAACUAUUUUGCUAAUUUUGAGCUAGCAAAACAAAACCUAAGCAGACAGAAAUUUGUGAAGUGAAAUGAUGAAAAGCGAAAGAAACCGAAACCCGAAACUAAACAAAAAAAAAUUAAUAUGUGUGCAAUGUAUGUUAAAAAAAAAGAGUAAAGAGUAAACGAAGAAGAGGAGAAAAUAAACAACAAACAAACCCCCAAAAACACUUUGAUGAUGAAAACAAAAACAAACAAAAAACAAAAACCUAAAUCUUAAGUCGAACUUCAGCAAAAUCUAGAGAAAAAGAAACACGAAGAAAGCGAAAGCGAAAGUAUAAGAAAAAGAAAAAAGAAGAACAAUUUUUUUUUGUACCUUAUAGGCAACAUUUUCUUUGUUUUUGUGGCCUUCUAUAAUGAAGAGUAGGGGGAGGCAAUCCCCCACCUAUGUUUUGUUCUGUUGGUCUAAUUUGUAAUAUUUAUUUUGUAUUUUGUUGAACAGUGUUGAACAGCACAAAGCAGAAGCAGAAGAAGAAAGAUAAAGAUAGAGAGAGCAGCAGAAGCAGAAAGCGUAGAUAGCGACAAAAACAUGGGAAGAUCUUCGGUUUCUUCUCCCCCAUUUCCUCGAAUGAAAAUGCAAAUUGUAUAAAGCAAAGAUCCAAAAACAAAACAAAACGAAAAGAAAAUGAACAUGAAAAUGAAAAAACAUGUCUAUCUCCCUUUUUGACGUUAAUUUUUUUUUUUUGUGCUAUCCAAGCAGUCAAAGGAGAAGACGAAACAUAACUUUAAAUGAAAAACAAAAAGAGAGGAUGAAAAAGAUUCCCCCCAAGUGGGGCGAACACUAGUUUAAGACUUAGCGAAAAAAACAAAAAGUAAAACUAAAAAAAAAACCUAAAGAACAUAAGAAAAAAUUGCAGUAAGCAGCAGAUUCAGUAGCUCUAGAGAUCUAAAAACAAUGGAGAAUAAGCGAAGCGACAGCGAAGGAUACCGAUGGAAGUGCGAGUGGAAGUACGAGUAGAUGUAGAAGUAGAAGUGAAAGAGAAAGUGAAGAAGAAGAAGAAUGGAUAAAGAGGAGGAAGAGAAAAGAAAAUCUUGUACUAGUUUUUAGCAUAUUUUUUGUGCUCAUCAGUCGAUUUAAUGAAUGAAUUUUUUGUAGCUGUCUACAGUUUUUUACGUUUAACUGUUUUUUAGACAUAUUACUAAAGGUAAAAACCAAGUUAGAUAUAGUAUUUUUUUUCUGCAAAAUGCAAGAGAAUAAAAGAAAACGGAUGGAGGAGAUAAACGGAUGAUUAGGAGGAAAGGAAACCAAGAGGCAAACACUUUAUAAAAGGGAACGUAGCGAAAACCAACCAACAGAACACACACAAAAAGUAGCAAAAAACAAAAAAAAACAAAAACAUAAAACAAAAAACAUGGAAAAUAAAUUGGAAAUUGUAGCACUGUAGUUUAGCUUUUGUGAAAGAGGAAGGGAAGAGCGAAAAGAUAGAGAAGAAAGUGAAGGGAAAACCGAAAGGCAAAACGAUAGAACGGGAUAAUGUUGGAGUGAAGUUUUUUUUUUUGAAGAGUUAGCCAGAGUUAGGAUCAACAGCCGAAAGAAGAGAAGCAGAGCAGAUAUAAUAAAAAAUAAGAUUAAUGUUUAAAGAAGAAAAACAAAAAAAAAAUAAGAAGCAGCAGUAAGAAAGAAGAACUACGUUUAGUGAAACUUAGUUGAUAAGCGAGGAUUUCUUUAGUCUUGUAAGCGUCUCUUAAGUAGAGUUUGGAGAAUGUAGAAUGUAGAAUGGAGGUUGGAGAUUGGACAAUGGAGAAGCAAGUUUAGAAUUGAAAUUGAACACUUUUUCAGAGCCUAGCCUAUAUUUAUUUUCUUGACACAGACACACACUUAAACACACACACAAACACAGACAUAGACGCAGACGCAGACAGACAUCCAUUGUAUUUGUGAUUUUUUCGAAUUUUAAAAAAAGAGAAACAGGAACGAAGGAUGUGAGUGCGCGGAUCCAAAUGGAGUGAGAGGAAUAGACAGAUCUGGGACAGGAUUGCCAACUUGCAUUCGGACACACACACACACACACCCAUAGAGGACGCAUAGGGGACACCACUGACUGACACACUCACAGAGAAAACAACAUUCCUGAGCAAAGUCUUUGAAUUGAUUUGAUUUGAUUUUCGUAUAUGAUGUGUAUGGGGACUGGGACUGCCAACACGAUAUCUCGGUUUAGAGCUGUCAGGUCGCAUCAGCCACAAGAUCAUCUGCAUAUAUAUCCACAUAUUAUAUAGACAUAACAUACAUACUAUAUACAAAAAGUAAGAAACACAACGCCAAAAGUCUUCCUAAGCCCAAAACCAAAACCUCAACAAAAUAUGCAAAUGUUAUUCUUGUUUUCUUCUUACUACUUACUCGUAUGAUUAAUUUGCUUUAGACUGACUACGAACUAAAAUUUAAACAAAUUAAAAAUAAAAACAAAUGCAGGAUGGACACACACGGACACACACACACACACACACACAGACAUACAUAAAUAUGUAGCUCUUAAUGCAGGCAUCGGAAAAAGUUUCUAGAGGGAGAGGGAGAAAGUGAGGGAUCACGGGAAAUAUUUUGCCAAAACAUUCCAAAAGCAAAGCAAUGAAAAUGAAAAUGAGAAAAUUCUUGGGGGAGGAUGCCUGCAUUUCUUGUCAUCGGCAGAAGAAUCACAAAUACAAUAGCAAACGAAAUCGAACUAAAAUAUGUAUGUUUGUAACUUUUUUCAAUUUUCCACACACUCACACACACGCAUACUCGAACUCUCUCACACACACACACACACACAACACACACAAAGUGCAAUUUUUUUCUAUAGUUUUUAUUGAUUUUUUUUGUUUUUUUUUGUCGUUAGCAGCAAACAACUUAAGCAAAUUGAAAAAGCAUUAAACUCUAAGUUAUUUAUAAAUCGAUGAAGGAAAUGCGAUGAGGGAUCCAUCCCUCCCUGGGAAGGCAGAAAUGAAAUGUAUGUUUUAGGCAAAGAACAGAGGAGAAAAGAAGAGAACGAGUCGAAGGAACGGAGGAGCGUAAACUAGUAUAUAAGAUCAAAGCAUUAGCGAGUAAGUUUAGCGAACCUAAGUACAGUGUUGACAGGCGCGAAUGAACGGAAGACAGCGGAGCGAAGCGAUAAAGAAGAAGAGUGUCGACGAGGUAGGACAUAUAAUUUUUAGAGGGUAGUCAAAAAAAAGAGGAGUCGCGACAGGCGCCCCAUUAGCUUGGUUAGUUGGAGAGCGAUGACCGACACACACAUCCACACACACCACACACCACACACACACACACACAUGUAGCAAGUUGUAGUUUUUGUGUAGUUAGAGAGAGAGAGAGCUAGCGAGCGUUAGAGCAGUGUUGGUAAACGCCGCGCUGCGCCGUGCCGCACAGUUUGAGGUUAGGUUUAAUUUUUGGAAAAGGAGGAAAGUAAAGCAAGAAAGCAAGAGCAUGGGUAAACAAUAAAAUCAAUCGACGAGAGCGGAUAAGGAGAAGGAGUAGUGUUCUAAUCUAAAAGCUAUACUGAUUUCUUUUGUGUAUUCGACAAACUUGAAACUCGUUUGUGUUGCGUCUGUAUUUUGUUUUAAUUUAAUACGUUUUACUUUAGUUUUUUAACUAAUUUUAAGUAGUUAAUUUAUUAUUUGUCUUAAAAUCGCAGAGACCCCAUUCAAGAUACAAGAUUGCUUGGGUUUCUCGCCAACCCAAACCCCACCCCCUUCCCCCACCACCCCAUUGAAGACCUCUCGCUGGCAGAGGAGCGAACCGAUUUAAUUUGAUGCGAGUGUUGAAGUAAUUUUUAAAAUGCAAAAAAAUGUCUAGUGCGUAAAAUUGAAAACUAAACACAACAAAAAUUUCAAUAAAAACCUUAAAAAAAAACAAAAGACCUACGUAAAUAGGUUGCGGUUUUUAUGUGUUUUUUUAUCGGCGUUUUUCCGUUUCUGCUUCCGUUUUGUUUGUCUUCGAUGUGAUUUCGUAGUAGUUAAAUGUUUGCUAUGUGGCUAAAUGGCCCGCACCCCACUUACUACACCCCCCACAUAUGUACCCACAUCCCGCACCCAAUAGUUUCCAAGUAAAAAAUUAAUUAAAUUUAAUUAAUUAAACUGUAUUGAAUUGAAUUGAAUUGUGUUUUAAGCAGGAGAAGAGGAUGCACACUUAGUCGUCUUAGUCGUUGUUUAGGGGCGGAGCAGAGGCGUGCGAGGAGCAUGGAGAGGAGGAGAGGCGAGGAUGAGAAUAAAUAAACAUUUUUUAAUUAAGCCAAUUUAAGGAAAUGAUGAAUAUAUAUUUUUUUGAAACUUUUUUGACAAAACCAAGAAUAUAAACGAAACGAAACAAAAAGAGAAGGGAGAAAAACCAAAUGAAAAUACAUAAAAGUAAAAGUACUCGUCAAAGGCAGCAAGCAAGGCAGCAGGAAAGACACGACCGAAAGCUAGGCAAAGGAAACAAGCUCAUUAAUUUUAAACAAACACACAUACAUAAAACAAAAGUUUCGAUAGGAGGAUGAAGACGGAGAGGGAUAGGAAGAGGGAAGCGCGCAAACGAGUCGUCGCGAACCGAACCUAACCGAACCGCAGUGGGAGAGGGAGAAGGAGCAGGAGGCAAAGGAAUGGAACAAAACACGACGACAAAGGCGUAAACUAACUUUAAGUAAGCGUAAAAUGCAAGCAGCUAAUUAAACUUAGAACAGAAUACUUAAAUGAGAGUAAUGUACAUUUCGCUUGUUGCUAUUUUUAAGUUUUAAAUCAAAGUCUUUUAAAGAACUUUAUUAAUUUUUUUUUCUUAUUAACAAUGAUAAAACCCAAAACCAAAAACCACAAAAAAAUUAAGCAUAGCAAAUGCGCAAAAAUAAAACAAAAAAAAAACUAUAUCUCUCUUUGUAACUCUCCAGGAAAAUAAAAAGAAACCAAACAAAAACUGAGGGAAGAACGAACGAAAAACGAAAACAUGAAGAAGAAUCCUUUUCAACUCUCUGUGUAUUUUUUAAGGUAUUAUUUUUUGCAUCAAUGUGACGCUUUUAAGCAUUUUUUAUAUGGCAAAAGAAUUGUAUCUAAAACUCUAAUAAAAGCUAAAGAAAACCUAAGGACAAAUGACAACAAGAAAAAUGCGAAAAUGCGAAACUGCGACAUCUUUGCUACAACUUUCAAAUUUAUACGCGUACUUUUUGUGCCCUCAACUUGAAUGCAAAAAACCAUACAUUGAAAAACUGAUUUGGAGAUCAAGAGAUACAGUUAAAAAGGAACUAAAAGAAAACAAAAACAAAACAAAAAAAAAACAGAUUAAAUAAAGAGAAAUUAGUUUAAGCAUAACAUUUUGCAGCUUUUGUGCUUAUUUCGCUUAAGAAAAGUAAGACUAGUUGAACAAAAAAAAAA